AUGUCUGCUACACAUAGUCUCAUCCAGAAUGCCUUUGAUGCCGCGAUUCAGGAAUUCAAAGCGAACCUCAACAACGAUACAGUCUACCAGAAGAUCCUCUCCGUUACCUCCAUCGACAAAGUCUACGACCUCACCGAUCAGCUCCAGGCCGAACAAGGCAAAAAGGGGCACCUACGACACCUGGCCAAGAUCGAGCCUUACCUGAACCGUCUCCGCGACUACGUAGCAGUGAUUGAAAACUUUGUCCAGAUCAAACCGGAGGUCAUGGCCCUUAUCUGGGGUCCGAUCAAGCUGCUGCUCCAGUGGAGUAGCAUUCUGGCUCAGUCCUUUGAUGCAAUCCUUCAGACUACGGGCGAUAUCGGGGCCUUGCUGCCGGAGUUCAAGGAUUGCGCGGUCUUGUUUGCGCAGAACAGUCGUAUCUAUGAUCUGAUGGUGCUGUUCUUCAAGGAUAUCCUGGACUUUUACCAGGUGGGGUUGAAAUUCUUCACCAUGUCGCGUUGGAAAUACUUCUUCGAGUCUGUCUGGCCCCACAAAAGGGAUCGCAUCAACCUGGUCAAGACUCAUAUCGAAAGACACUCUCUGCUCAUGCGGAAUGAAGUACGCCUAGAGCACAUUCGCGAGGAACACGAGGCUCGAUUGAAGGCGUUGGAGCAUUUCAAAGCCGAGGAACGUGCUCAACGACUACAGCAGUUUCAUGUGAUCAAGACUGAUGUUAACCCGAGAAUGUACGAUGACAAGCUGAACUGGUGUCAUGGUCGCAUUUGUGACGGAUCAGGCGCAUGGCUGUUUAGGGACAAGGCUUUCACCCACUGGUUGGAUUUCUCUGCUAAGACGCCGCCCGUUCUCUGGCUUCAAGGCAUUCCAGGCGCCGGCAAAACAUUCCUUGCCAGCUUAGUAGUAGACAAGGCGCGCACAGUAACCCACACGGCCUUCGCUUUCCUGAGUCACACAUACAGUAGCAGUACUUCAGCUCUAAGCGUGCUGCACUCUUUGAUAUUCCAGCUCGCUGGGCGAAAUGAGGAUAUGCAGGAUGUGCUCUGCCAUUCCACCCACGACCGCAUCCGGAGCGAUGUUGCCGUUGCCGUCGAGCUUCUCAGAGACCUACUGAAUUGUGCAGGUCCCGCAUUUCUAGUUGUCGAUGGUGUGGAUGAGAUAGAAGAGCUUGAGCGUGGUAUUCUCCUCAAGCAGCUUCUGCUCCUGUCCGAAACGUGCCUCGAAAUGCGGGUUUUUAUCAGCAGUCGGCGAGAGAGCGACAUUGCUGCCAUUCUGGAAAAGAUCUCGGAGUCAAUUCGAAUUGACAAAAGAAACGAGGAAGGCAUUCAGGCAUUUGUAAGUCAGCAGCUGCGACAGAUGUUUGAAAGUCGUGAGUUUCCACCCGACGUCCAGACGCAAAUUCGCCAAUCCAUGGAGCCGCUAGCUUCAAAAGCCAAUGGGAUGUUCUUAUAUGCUAAGGUUGUCUUGAGCAGUAUCGAGCUGCUAGACGAUGUCGCGGAGAUUUGUGAGGAGUUGAGCCUCUUACCAGAAGAUCUGGACAGCGCAUAUGCGCGAAUCCUACUUCGGAUUAAUAAUCUGCGACCGCCAUCUGUAAAGGCGAAAGCCAGAAGGAUACUAGCCUGGGUGGGCUGCUCACCCACGCCAUUGACUUUGCGGGAGAUGGAGCAAGCCUUGAGUAUUCAGCCCGGCAAUUUCAAUGCAGGAAGAAAAUUGAGCGCAGCUCCAGAUCUCAACAAGCUAUGUGGACCAAUAGUUGAGGUUGCUGGCGAGGACGUCCAGUUCGUCCACUUUACGGUCAAAGAAUACUUCUUUAGUACAGCCGUAACCGGCCAUAUCAGUUUGAUCGAUGGAACUCUCGACUUAGCAACAACCUGCAUUACAUAUUUCUGUCAGGGAUUUCACAAUCCUGAUGUCGUCAGCGAUGACGAUCAAUUCACUCAGCAUCUCUUUGAAGGUAGUUAUAGGCUGCAUUAUUAUGCGCAGGAGAGAUGUUUUGAAGUCCUUCAGAUCUACCUACGCUUGUUGAAGGGUGUAAAGACUCCCCUGAGCCUUUUGAAUUGCCUCAACAUGUUCAUGGCUACGCUCAGGAAUGAUCAAUUCGCGCUCGCGACGGAUGACGGACGCAUUGUAACAGCUUCAUUUCUGCACGCCUUUCGAGCAGAUCACCCAGAGCUUUAUCAGUUUCUUUACAACAUCUAUCGAUUCCGUCAUAUGUGCUCACAAGAAUCAUAUCAUCUCAAUGAAGAAACGAAAUGGAUUGAUUUUGAUCCACUAGUAUCAUCCCAAGUGUCAAUUCGACUUUACCAAGGCAUCGAAAAAUUGCAGUGCGCUUCCGGCUCCCACACUCCCGGAUGCCAAUGCGGCCUUCUCGACCGUGUAAUCGGUUUACAGCCCUACAAAUGCGGGUAUUUGAAUUGCCCUUUCCAGCGGCGUGGGUUUGAGUCCAUAGCAAUACAAAAGCGACAUGAAGCCGAACAUACUCGCGUUUGGAAAUGUUCUGUUUCAGGUUGUGAGUAUGAAAGAACUGGAUUCUUGUCUGUGAAUAUGAGAGACCAGCAUGCAAUCAAAGCUCACCGAAAGCCAUAUGAUUCUAAUGACAUUCUUCACGACAGCCAUAUGUCACCCGAGGACGAGGUAGAGUUCAUCCUAGAUCUAAUCAGGUCUAACGAUGUUGAGGCUAUCAAUUCCCUUCCCCUUACUAAAUUGAAGGCGAUAUUUGGACAUAGAAGCGACGAUUCUUAUAGUCUGGGAAGGAUACUGGGAAGGUUUGGGUCUACCUCAACUGUUGGGGUACUUUUGCAAUUUGCCGAAUUGUUACCAACCUAUUCAGGAGCUAUACAGGCCUCGAAUACUGACCUUCUCAACUGGCUUAUUGAUGCAAAAGCAAUAGACAAAUGGCCUGGAUAUGUAGCAUAUGUUUGCAGACAUUUCGCCCGGUGCGAUUCGGCAGAGAUGCACGACUUUGGCCGCAGAUGGUUUGCAAUGAUUCGAGAUGUGGAAGGACAAGAACCUUACAUGCUGUUUGACGCAGUCACGAACAAAUAUGUGAUCGGUGCUACAGCAAGCAAACCGGGCAGAGAGGACUUUUUAGUCUCACUGUGGGAUACGGUUUGGCUGAACAUCAAACCAGUUGCUAUUUCAAGGGCGUUAAAGAACGUUGCAAAGACAAGUUGCUCUCUAAGACUUGGGCAAACCCUGAUUCAACAUGGAGCUAGCGUCAAUGAGAUUGUCAAAGGCAGGCCUUCGGCACUCGAACAUGCAACACGCAAAUCUACAGCUCAGAAUGCUGAAUUCGCCAAAUUCCUUCUAUUUCAUGGCGCCAACCCACAGCACACUUCGGUCCUCGGAAUAAAAAUAUCUGACCAGAUUGGGGCGAAGAGGAUAUCUCGUUGGCUUGGAGUUUCAUGGGACGACUUGAUAGAUCAGGCUAGGGCCCAUGCAGAUUGA